AGAGUAGCUGCCAAAGGGAAUGUACUUUGAGGUACUAAACUUGCUGCAGCUUCAGUAGUGGAACAGUAAUCUACAAGAAACUAAGCAAAUUUGAGGCUGAUCAGUACUUGGAUGGGAGACCACUGGGGAAUGCCAAAAAUCUCCAGUUUUGGUUGAAGACGGUAUCCAGGGAACCCAUCUCUUUCUCUGGGAGAUACAUGCUGUUUGCUAAGAUUGCUUCCACAGUAACAUGCACAUCCUGUUUACAUCUUCACUGGAAGAACUUGGGCUUGGCUAGUUUCACCUGCUUCACCCUGGGAGCUACAGAAAAGGAAGUCCUCUGCUCACCCUCCUCUCCAGCCGGGCUGCUUUAGACAAGAUUCUCUCCUCUCCUCUCUCCUCACUUCCAAGAAGUGUUGUUUGUGAUGCCCUGCAAACUGUAGAAGUCAGUUGCUUUCUGUGAGGAGUUGAAAAGUUGACAGUGCCUGUUCUUGUUUCGUGGAGGACAAAUACAGAAGUGAAAACGUAGCAUCCAGUGUUUUGCGUGUGGCUUUUGUUGAAUUCACUCAGCCAAGAUGACGAACAAUUCUGCAGAUCACCAUCCUGGGAAUUCUAUGGCUGAUGGCAGCCAUGAGGGAGAAUUUGGUUGCUCUGUUAUGGAGCUCCGGAACCUCAUGGAGCUUCGCAGUGCCGAAGCAGUGAACCGGAUAAAUGACAACUAUGGAGGAGUGCACAAUAUCUGCAAGAGGUUGAAGACCUCACCAGUAGAAGGACUGUCUGGGAACCCUGCGGAUUUGGAGAAAAGGAGGCAAGCUUUUGGCCAGAAUUUCAUCCCACCCAAAAAGGCCAAAACCUUCCUGCAGCUAGUCUGGGAAGCACUGCAGGACGUUACAUUAAUCAUCUUGGAAAUCGCAGCCAUAAUAUCCUUGGGUCUCUCCUUCUAUCAUCCUCCUGGUGGUGACAAUGAAUCAUGUGGGGAAGCAAAAGGCAGCGCGGAGGAUGAAGGUGAGGCUCAGGCUGGAUGGAUUGAGGGGGCAGCUAUCCUCUUCUCAGUCAUUAUUGUAGUGCUAGUUACGGCUUUCAAUGACUGGAGCAAAGAAAAACAGUUCCGAGGCCUCCAGAGCCGCAUUGAGCAGGAGCAGAAGUUCACAGUCAUCCGCAAGGGGCAGGUGAUCCAAAUCCCCGUGGCUGAGAUCGUGGUGGGAGACAUUGCUCAGAUCAAAUAUGGUGACUUGUUGCCAGCAGAUGGGAUCCUGCUCCAAGGCAACGAUCUAAAAAUUGAUGAGAGCUCUCUGACUGGGGAAUCAGACCAUGUGAAGAAAUCUCUGGAUAAAGACCCCAUGCUGCUUUCUGGUACACAUGUGAUGGAGGGCUCUGGUCGAAUGGUGGUCACAGCUGUAGGCAUCAACUCACAAACUGGAAUAAUUUUUACUCUUCUGGGUGCUGGAGAAGGGGACGAGGAGAAGAAGGUCAAGAAAGGUAAAAAACCCGGAGCCCCUGAAAAUCGCAACAAAGCAAAAACUCAGGAUGGUGUGGCCUUAGAGAUCCAGCCACUGAAAAGCCAAGAAGGAGUAGAAAACGAGGAGAAGGAAAAGAAGAAAGUGAAGGUCCCCAAGAAGGAGAAAUCCGUGUUGCAAGGGAAGCUCACACGCCUGGCUGUUCAAAUUGGCAAAGCAGGACUGAUCAUGUCAGCCAUCACAGUUAUUAUCCUGGUGCUGUAUUUUGUGAUCGACACCUUUGGGAUUCAAGGAAGGUCAUGGCUGGCUGAAUGUACUCCCAUCUACAUCCAGUAUUUCGUCAAGUUCUUCAUCAUUGGGGUCACUGUGCUAGUUGUGGCUGUACCUGAGGGCUUGCCUCUUGCUGUCACAAUCUCUUUGGCCUACUCAGUGAAGAAAAUGAUGAAAGAUAACAAUCUCGUUAGGCACCUUGAUGCUUGUGAGACAAUGGGCAAUGCCACAGCUAUCUGCUCGGACAAAACUGGGACUCUCACUAUGAACCGCAUGACUGUGGUGCAAGCCUAUGUGGGUGACACUCACUACCGACAGAUCCCUGACCCAGAAGCCAUCCUACCCAAGACUCUGGACCUCAUUGUCAAUGGUGUUGCAAUAAAUUCUGCUUACACCUCUAAAAUCUUGCCUCCAGAGAAAGAAGGGGGUCUCCCACGUCAAGUUGGAAACAAGACAGAGUGUGCACUCCUGGGCUUUGUGCUGGACUUGAAACAGGAUUAUCAAGCUGUCCGCAAUGAAGUGCCUGAAGAAAAGUUGUACAAGGUCUACACCUUCAACUCCGUGCGCAAGUCUAUGAGCACAGUGGUGAAGAACCCAGACGGGGGCUUCCGCAUGUACAGUAAAGGAGCGUCUGAGAUCCUUCUGCGCAAAUGCACAAAGAUCUUGGACAAGAAUGGGGAACCACGAAUAUUUAAGGUGAAGGAUCGAGAUGAAAUGGUGAAGAAAGUGAUUGAGCCCAUGGCUUGUCAGGGACUGAGGACCAUUUGCCUGGCCUUCCGGGAUUUCCCUCCUGGUGCUGAGCCAGAUUGGGAUACUGAAAAUGAGAUCCUGUCUGACCUUACCUGCAUCACUGUGGUUGGCAUUGAGGACCCUGUUCGUCCUGAGGUACCUGAUGCUAUUCAGAAGUGCCAGCGUGCCGGUAUUACUGUCCGGAUGGUUACAGGUGACAAUAUCAAUACAGCACGUGCCAUUGCAACCAAGUGUGGGAUCUUGCUGCCUGGGGAGGACUUCUUGUGCUUGGAAGGAAAGGAAUUCAAUCGGCUCAUUCGCAAUGAGAAAGGAGAGGUGGAACAAGAGCAGUUGGAUAAGAUCUGGCCCAAGCUACGAGUCUUGGCACGUUCUUCACCCACUGAUAAACACACACUUGUGAAAGGUAUUAUUGACAGUACCAUCGGAGAACAGAGGCAGGUAGUAGCUGUGACAGGAGAUGGCACCAAUGAUGGUCCGGCCUUAAAGAAAGCUGAUGUUGGAUUUGCUAUGGGAAUCGCUGGCACAGAUGUGGCUAAAGAAGCUUCAGACAUAAUUCUGACAGAUGACAACUUUACCAGUAUUGUGAAAGCAGUUAUGUGGGGCCGUAACGUGUAUGAUAGCAUCUCUAAGUUCCUGCAGUUCCAAUUAACGGUCAAUGUAGUAGCUGUGAUUGUGGCUUUCACAGGCGCUUGCAUCACACAGGAUUCUCCUCUGAAAGCUGUCCAAAUGUUGUGGGUCAACUUAAUCAUGGAUACCUUUGCCUCAUUAGCUCUGGCCACAGAACCUCCAUCAGAGUCCUUGCUUCUGCGCAAGCCUUAUGGCCGCAACAAGCCACUGAUUUCCCGCACCAUGAUGAAGAACAUCCUGGGGCAUGCUGUGUACCAACUAACUAUUAUUUUCACACUACUUUUUGCGGGUGAGAAGUUUUUUGACAUUGACAGUGGCCGGAACAGUCCACUCCAUUCUCCACCCUCUGAACACUACACCAUUGUCUUUAACACUUUUGUCAUGAUGCAACUUUUCAAUGAGAUCAAUGCUCGCAAAAUCCAUGGUGAAAGAAAUGUCUUUGAAGCCAUUUUCCGAAACCCCAUAUUUUGCACGGUGGUGCUAGGAACCUUUGUUUCCCAGAUCAUCAUUGUUCAAUUUGGUGGGAAGCCAUUCAGUUGUUCUGGUCUCACUUUGAGCCAGUGGUUCUGGUGUAUUUUCAUUGGCGUAGGAGAGCUGCUUUGGGGACAGUUAAUUUGCACCGUUCCAACCAGUCAGCUGAAGUUCCUGAAGGAGGCUGGGCAUGGCACUGCCAAGGAGGACAUGACAGAUGAGGAGCUGCCUGAGGGUAUGGAUGAAAUUGACCAUGCUGAAAUGGAACUUCGGCGGGGACAGAUCUUGUGGUUCCGAGGCCUCAACAGAAUACAGACUCAGAUGGACGUAGUUUACACAUUCCAGACCGGCGCCUCCUCUUUACAGGGAGCCCUCAGGAGACAGCCUUCCAUCGUGAGCCAACACCACGAUGUAAAAAAUGUUUCUAGCCCAACCCAUAUCAAAGUGGUGAAUGCGUUCCGUAGCUCCUUAUAUGAAGGCCUCGAGAAACCCGAAUCCAGAAGCUCCAUUCAUAACUUCAUGACUCACCCCGAGUUCAUCCUGGAGGAAGAUGAGCCUCAGACACCAUUCCUAGAUGGCACCGAUGAAGACCUGGAAGCUGAAGAACUAAAUGAGCGAAGUGAGGAGAGCCUAGGCGAGUCCUCACCCCUCACCAAAAACAACAAUGCAGUGGACAGCAGUAUAGCUGAGGAUAACAUUCCAGAGCUAGAAAGCCCUUUACACAGCUUGGAAACAUCAGUUUGAACUCUGAACUUUGAUCUUUCUCCUCUUUCCCUCACCUCAUGCAACAUAAGCACCAUCAUCUGACCACAUAAUGCAUUCACUUCAUGGGUAGUAUGCCUAUUUCCUCCUCCUCCCCCCCAACACACACACAUCCCUUGUAUGAUUAGAUAGAUGCAGGAACCACAAAAUUUUUCUUUCAUACAAUAUUUGGUGGAGGUGGCUCCCUCAAGAGAGUAACCAUCAGUUUGAUGCAUCUUUUUCUUGAGCUGGGCUGCAAAUAUCUGUAAUAGUAACUUUUCUGUCAUUGAAUAUGUAUGCCCAAAGCUACAUGGUUCAGCCUCUCUCUAAAAGGUGUGCAUACAAUAUCUAUUCAUGCUGUUGUGUGGGGAUAGCUGGUGUUUUUACUUGCAAAUCAGAAUUCAGUAUAUCCUUGGGGAGAAGUAGAGUUGAAGGGGAACCUGAACCAGGUCCUAGAUAUAAAAGAACCCAGUCUUCCAUGGGGUUAGGGGUGGGGAACCUGAUUUUUAUCAUUUUUCUCCUUAUGUAUUUCACUGUUUAAAUAGUGGUAUCACCCACAGCAGAUUCUGGGUGAUUAGACAUCUUUAAAUGCUUUUUAAAUGAUGGAAUAAGGCCAAACAACAAGGAGAUAUGACAUUUUGCUGCGUAAAUGAAGUUAGGUGGUACAUAACUUUUGAUGAAAAGGAGUUGAAUAUAAAUUAAGAGAAAAUUGCUUUGGAAGUCUCUAUUAGGUGAGGGAUGUGAGGUGUCCUAUGUUUACAUAAAUUAUAUAUAAUUAUAUGAUUUCAGUUUUGCCAUUUUGACUACCAGGUGAGUAAGUCUUUGGUGUUGUAGGCAUCUCAGCCUCGUCCAAAGGAAGAGUGUGGCAUAAGUUCAAAUUAUAGUUGCUGCCAUGUUUUCAGAAGAGUUGUUAUGGGGGAAGGGACCGCCUCUUUGAAGAGUGCAAGAUAUAAAACAAUACAGCCAGGCCAACAUUAUUAAUACCCUAUCAUUUCCUGUAAAAUUCCCUGUGUUUUGCAUGUGGAAGAGUGAAAAUGUAAUGAAGAGGAGUCUUGAGUGCAGACACUUGAGUGCAAAAUGCAUUUAAAAGUGAGCUCUGUGUGUUGUGUUGGUUGUUGCACAAAGCAUCUUAAUUACUAAGAGCUGAGGUGCACCAAUAAAGCUUCUCUACAUUUCGCAUUAUUAGGAGUGCCUUCCCUAAACGGGCCUCCUUCUCUUCCCAAAACAACUGUUGCCACUCAUCUGUUCCAAAGUGGUGCUGACAAAAGUAAUUUGGUUCUUGUGCUGAACAGAGACUGAGACAGCCCCAUCUUGUUGCGUAUUUCCUAGUAUUAAGAUGACCAAAUUGUACGUUGAAGUUCAUAGCCGUGGAUUGAGCAUACGUGAGUGAUGGCCAUUUGUGCCGCAAGAGAAGUGUUGGGAUCCUCAGUUGUGAUACAGAGGCAGAAUGGCUCUUGAAACUUGGCAUGAACUCUUGAGUGGCUCUCAAAAUCCUUGUUUAAUGACAGGAUGCUUGGCUUGGAAAGUAUUGCCCAGAAGCAAUACAAAGAAGCCUAGUUGCUAGUAGCUGUAUUGAAAGCUUUGUCAUCCGGCCACCCUCCCAAUUUUCAAACAUGUACACCACUUUUCUUUGCUAGUGGCCUCUUUCCCCCCAAUUUCCUUCUGAAAAACGCACAGCAGAAAUUCCUGUGCCUUGCCUAAGCACUGCCCAAAGCACCGCCUGCCACACAGGAGCCCGGUUCUUUGCCAAGAGAUAAGUGUUCCUUAAACCAACAAAAAAUUAAAUGAAGUGUUUUGAUUUCUCUUUUCAGUUGAAAACCCCAUUCACUUUGUAGACUGGUCACUUGAUUUCGUAAUGCGUUCAAGGCAGGCUGAUGAAAAUGCCUUCUUAGCAGGUCUUUUAUUCCAACGCUAGCAUAAAGAGGACUUGAAUUCGGGCCUCAGCCGCCUGCCAGUAUCAAGGGUGUGUGGGAGCACCAAUCAUUGGCCAUCUUAAUUGCCAAUAGGAUAUCAUACCAUCCCCUGCCCCCCCUUGCUUUCCUUCCAGAUAAGUUCAUUUCAUUCCUUUCACUUGAACUGUACACAUCAAGAGGAAUUAUAAGGAGGGAAAUUGUCAUUGCUUGCUAUGUGACCUACAAGGUUAAGAAGAAAAAGAAAAUUGUUCAUUUCUGUUGUAAAGAUUACAUUGUUUCAAUUAUAAUUGUUCUAUUUUAAAUACUUGCAAAAACAAAGUGAUGGAGUUAGGAGUUUGCAUAAAUAUUUAUAAAUUGGGGAGGGGCACACCAAUUUUUUUUUAAAAAAUGUUUGAUAUUUCUUUAUUACCUCAAACAUGUUUUGGCAGAAGAAGUAAAGAAAACUGCCUGUAAUGGUCAGGUUGCAGUGAGGGGGUCUGACCUACAUUUUAGUCCAUUUCCCCUCUUUUUGGUUUGUCUAACUUCCUCAGUGAGGUUGGGGGGGGGAGGGAAAUAAUUAUAUAAAUAUUAUGCAAAAAAUAUAUAGUUUUCUUUAGAUCAGAAACAAAUAUUUUUAAGUCAGCCAUAUGUAUUUUGUUUAAAGGAAACAGAGCUGUGAGUUAUGUAACUGCAGUGGAAUGUAGUCACAUGGCUGGCAGUUGAAACAGUGAUUGGUGAGACUCCAGUCAGCUUCCUUUCUCUGAACAGCCAUCUUUGUACUAAAGUCAGUUGUGUUAUACAGAAAUGUUUUUUAUAUAAAUUAUGUUGACAUGGCUGGUUUGCUUAAAGUAUAAGUGUUUAUUGUGCAUACAUUUUUUAAAAAAUGUAAAAUAGGGUUGGGGAUUUUCUUUUUCUAUUUUUUGUUUCUAUGAUAAAACUAGCAGCAGUUGACUGGCUUAAGUUAUUAUGAAGCUAUAAAACACAUGGCUAAAAUGGAGUGCUGUGGAUAAAAUGUGUGAGCCUUGAUCUCUGGAUUCAUGUGUUGCACACACUCGCCAAAUAAAUAGCCAAGCUUGUCAAGUUCUGUUGAUGGUUGUGAUCACCUGUGCCGGGGAUGGAGAGAAAAAGGUGAACUUCCUUUCAUUUAAGUCCCCUUACUCUCCAUCUCACCAGACAGUUGAACAGCACUUUCAAAAAGUUGACUGCAUCAGCCAUCAUUGGAGGGGGGGGGAGAGAUAAAUAAACCCGGUCCAGCUGAGAUCAGCACACACUUGUCUCCCUUCCAAGUACAGGAUGCAAAUGGGGUUGCCCUCCAUGCAGCAUCUUUUUGUGUGCAUUUACAUAACAUCCAAGUCAGGAGAUCCACACAGAGAAGCACUCUCAUAUGUGUGGUCUUCCUUUGUUGGGUGGGAACAGAUUGUAAUUUCUCCGAAACACUAGGGGAUGGAAUGAACUUUGCAGUGAAUAAAGCAUGGUCAUGGGAGAGGGAAAUAGUUAAAAGUUUGUGCCAUGCCAUAGAGGAAAUGAGAUAAUAUCCUGUGAUAUGUGUUACUUUGCCUUGGAAUGCUUUGCUGUUGUUUUUUUAAGAAAACCAUCCCUGAUAUGAUUUUGCAUCCAAUUCUUAAUAGUAGGGAUUUAUUCAUUUUGUUAAAUAAAUUGGCAGACUGGUACCAAAGACAUUACAUCACUUUCAUGUGCAAUGAAGAAUAUCCAUUUCUAGGCAUUAGAAUUAUGUAAUUGGUUCUUUUUAUUAAGUUGCACAGGGAUCUGACUUAAUUUUUCAAACAUUUUGUGCAAUAAGUUUUGAGAAACUUGUUUAAAUUUUAGAACAUUUCAGGAGGAAAAGAAAUCAAACUGUAAUUUUAGCCAUGGGUAGUGACAAACAGAACUGCAUGCCACAGCCAUGCAAAGUGGUACUGUUAGAAUAGGAAUAGAAAUUCCUGUGUGUAAUUUCACGUCCUUCUUGUCACAGAGACCAGCACAGAUUCCCACUGGGAGUGGGCUGAACCUAAGUCCAUUGAAGACCUUCACUGAUGCCAAAUCACUGGCUCAUAUUUCAAAAAAAGUCUUAGAGAAUUUGUGUCUGUUCCAUGGCAUUCUUCCUGGGAAGAAAUUUUCAGGCCCAUGUUGGCUUUUGGUGAGAAUGAAGCAGAUAGUUCUAAUGGAGGCAAAUGUAACAAGAGCCACAGCUUUAAAGAGAAAGUGGAAGGUUGGCAGCUUCCAAAUGUUUCAAAUGGAAGUCUUUCAUGAUCAGCCUUCUACUCUUCCCAUUGGGUGUGGAGGUCAACAAUCAAGGUCUCUUUUCAUUUAGCAGAGUGCCUUGAUGGAUGAAGGGCAACCAAACUGUACCACAAAGAAGACGUUCUCUCUCUUAUCCAUGAUGCCUUUAGGAUAGCUUCACUUUUACAUCGCAGCCAAUAUAGCUACCCUCCUACUAUUGAUUCAUACUGUUUUGGUUGUGCUUUGUGAUGGCAGCAUUGCUACUGCCUAAUAGCAAAGGACCCUAUCUGCAAAUUCAUAUGCUGUUUUGUCACCUCAUGGCUAAAAUUAUUUGUUCACUUUUUUCCUACCUAUAAAUAAAUAUAUAUACAGUAUUAAAAUGAAUUGUUGUAUGUAUAUUUAUUUGAUUUAAAAGCUUUUCUAAAGAAGCAUGCAUAUAAGAACUUAGGUUUUCCCUUUUUUCCCCCCCAGUAACUAGUAUAAUACACACUGGUAUUUUUGUAUAAAAAAAGAAAAAAGUCAAAAGACUGAAUAUUAUGUGGUAUGCAUGACAUUUUAAAAAAAAUGGUGGUUUCAAAGCAAUAUGUACCCCUGGUGUGUUUGCCAUAUUCUAGAGUCUGCUUAAAAGUGCACCUGAUCUGUAAUUGCAUUUUGAUAUUAUUUAAUCUCUGUGUACAAUGUUUUGCAUGUAUUUAUAUGGUUCUUUGGAAGAUUUCCUUUGUUUGGGGGAGGUGCAAGAAGGGGGACAGGUUUUGGACAAUUCUUGACAAACCUCUUGUCAGAACGUUUGAAACUCCAAGAGUACGUAAUACUCCCAGUGGAAAAAAAAUGGGGAAAUCAAGCCAAUUUUUAAAAGGUGCAACAGUAAGGGAAAGGGAUACUGUUUUGAACUAAUGAAUCUUUUUUUCUUUUUUUCUUUUUCUUUUUUUGGGCUGUUGAGCAGAAACAAUGCGCGAGUGUGUUGAGAGAAUAAAUUGUGCCCGCUUGUAACCGUGCUGUCUUCAAUAUGUGUCCCACUAGUUUAUGAAGUCACUGAUCAUCUACUGAAGCUGAGAGGAAGGGUGGAUCUCAAAGUCAAGCUUGGAACAAAAUUAUAUUGUGAAAAUUAUGCUGAAUUUGGGUUUUUUUUAAAGCAAACUUAAUUUGAAUUUUUUAUUUAAAAAAAUUGAAAGAGCAGUGUGCAUAGUAGCUGCACAAAGCUUUCUGUAUCACUUCUGCCAUCUCUGAGCAAGGCCCAAAAGAUGCUAUUAAAUACUAGCCAGUGCUAAAGAUGCAUGCCGACGUAAAGAGAAAUAACUUGAAUCAAUGGAGGAAAGGCAGUGUGGUGAGUGCUUAAAAAAUAAAGUGGAUAUUUAAAAUCUUAGACUCACAAAACUGGAGAAGCAACAUGAGCAAAUGCUGGCAGCCUAAGGCCUUGGUCGUGUUCAGCUGAAAAUAAUUCUUAGGGGGUUUUUUUCUAUCACUUUAAAUUAGCUUUAGAGAAACAAAUACCAGUGGGUAAGCACAAAUAUAUAAGUAUCUUAUCUUGGUAAUUUAAUUGUUACCUGAAAUUAACUCUGAUUUUGCCAGGCCUGCAAGAUCUAGUACUGAAAAACUGGUUCAUGUAUUUUUUAUCUGAGCACUAUUAGAACAUAUUAUUGUGGUAUUACUUAGCAUUUUAGGCAAUAAAACAGGAAGGAAUGGGUGGUAGCCCCGCCUGCUUCAGUUGUGGCCUUCCUACACAGAAAAGAAAAAAAUGUGAAGAGAUGAGCCUGUACACAUGAGCAAGAACCUCUCUUCAAAUUUGCUGCUUCUCAUGCCAGGAAAGCACCACCAGUUGGGGGCAGGGCUAGCAUGUCCCCUUCUUGUCUUGGGUUAGUCAGCAAAAUUGCAAAUGUGGUAGGGACUGAGGAAACUCUACGUCUGGCAGAACAUGAGAUGUGAUUUAUUUUUUAAAAAAAAAUAUGCACACAGUGUGAUUAAAAGGUGCUUUGGAGAUUCAUAUGGUCUCAAUAUAUUUUCACACUAUCUCACCGUGUUUUCAUGAUGCACAAGUGUAUAAAAUAGACACAUGUCUUCCUCAGCUUUGGUGAAGUAACUGUUAAAAGUGAAUUGUCUGAAGUAACCCACAUAAUUCACCAAAUAGGAAUGUGUUUUAGGAAUUUCCUUUUUGUGAAAACCGUAAUUCUGUAAUCAAAUAUCUUCAAUAGGAAGAAUUUGGUCUUGUCCUUGAUCAUAGUCUCUUACUCAGUAUGAGAGAAUGGUUUGAUAUUGCAGUUCAUCACAGCAGAAUUUGAUGAGACAUUGAUUGUGAUUCAACAGUGUAGCUAAAUCUGGAAUUUGUUUAGCCACUGUGUACAUCAGUUCAAUAUUUGAAAAUAGCAAUGUGGCAGUAUAUAAUUUAUCAGAUACCUUUUCAAGAAUCUAGUCUGUGUUGUGCUGCUGUGCCCCUUGGAAGAGAGGUAAGUGAGGAAAGAAUUCUGAAUGUAAGGAGAAGCAUCCAAUGGAAGGGAAGAUUCUCCAAACGAAUAGGAAAAUCCAUAAGAUAUACAAAAGCUAGAACAGAGUACAGAUUGCUGCAUUCACAAUAAAAUAAACAGGAAAAGAAAUUCAGGGAUAAGAAAAUUACAUUGGUUGAAGAAGCUGUGAAAGCAGUUAGAGACAUAGUAUUUGAAAACUAUGGAGCUGGAAGGAACCCUGUGGAUAAUUGAGUCCAACCCCUGUCAAGGAAGAUUAGUGGGGAAUCAAACUCCCAACUAGAGAUGGGGGUAUUCAUAUAUGAAUAUCCCUGCACAGGUGGAAAUAACGAGGGUCCACUCAUUAUUUCGCCGCUGUCGCUGCCUCUGUGGAGGCUUCCUAUCGCACUGUUCUCAACAAUGGAUUAGGCACUCUCCAACCUAGAAGAGAGGCUUGUCAUCCCACCUCCUGCCAGGACUGGGUAAUCGAUUGCAGACAGUGGCGCUAUAGGAGGGUCUGACAAGCUCACAUCAGCGGUGAAAUCAUGAGGGGACAUUCUGGCCUCAUGGGGCCAGACCCUCGUUCUUUUCACCUGUGCGGGAAUAUCCGUAUAAAAAUGCCCCCAUCUCUACUCCCAACCUCUGGCUCCACAGCCAGGGACCUUAACCACUGAGCUAUCCAGCAGUUUUGUUUUAUCAUAGCAUCCAAAGUCGGAAUGGAUAUGAUGUCCAGUCUUUGGUAGAAGAAGAUAUUGUAUAGUCUUUAAUGAAACUGCUUAAAAAUUGUCCAGAAUCCUACCAGUCCCAUGCAGCAUACGUUGGCAAUUGUGCAGUUAAGCCAACCUCCACUGUCUGCUGGGCAUCAUGAUUCUCAGUCUCCUCUGGCAAAGGAAGUAACUGAGCACCCAGUUGUGUGAUGACUGGUGGCCGGCAAUGAGAGAGAAAACCCUGAGUAGUCCUUUAUGUGCUCUGGUUUCCGAAGUCCAUAGAAAAUAUGUUUCUUUAAGGCAGCCUCCUGUUUAGCUAAGAGGUGUGCAGGUAAAUGUUUUUAGGUGACAGCUUCCAGAAUUCCACAACAGUUUUUCUAUCUUAAGAAUGUUGGGAGUUGUAGUCCAAAAAAUACCAAUCUCCACACCUCUACCUGUGAUUCUGCAGGUAUUCUGUAUACUAUGAUGGAUGAGAGAUGGGAGCUGUAGGCUUGGGGGGGGAUUCCAACCACUGCUUUAAAUACCUUGAGCCCCACAGAAUCUUGUACAAGUGCUUUCUGUACACCCAAGUUGCCAUUUGAAUCGGGCUGAUGUAAUGCUGAAACAAAUUGACCCAUGUCAGUAAGUGUAUACAAUAAUAAGAGUUUUCAUUGUUCCUGAAAAACUAGCAGUGCGAUGCAUCUUAUUUGAGUCUUUCAAACUCCUCGGAUGAUGGUGGGAGAAGCACAGUCCUGUUAAAAUUUCACACAAAAUUCUUUUUAACAUUGCAUGUGUAAGGAAUCCUGGGAUGGUUAUGUAAGCCACACAACCAUCACCUUUGCUUUCAGAAAUGACAAGACAGAUAGUUUUUUAAAGAAACUGAGGUUACUCUAAUGUGCAGCGUAGAUGAGCAUUUUCCUGUCUUUGCUAUACUGCUGUGUAGAAAAAUGCCAAAUUACAGUUCACAGGAGCAUUGUCUAAUCUCUGUGGCCUCUGUGCUCUGUAGUUCUUGUUAAGUGUGUGUCCUGUGCUCCUCUUGUGCCAUAAUCUGGUAGAUGCAAAUGCUGCCUCUUUUUGUGUGCCUUUCAACCAGCCCACCACUGCCUAAUCUCAUGGUUCUGUCCCUUGUAGAAUUGAUGAUUCUCACAUUUUUGUAGCUGCUGUGUCUUGACUUGAACCAGGAGUGGCAGUGAAAUACAUUGGAGACUUCGAACCAUACUUGGGAAGGGCAUAUUGACACAGUUAGCUCUAUCACAUGGAUAGACGGGAAUAUGCUAAGAUCCCCUUGAGAUAUUACAUGCAUUUAUUUUAAAAGUGACACUAUGGUGAUGGCACCUCUUAGGAUUUUGAAGUUCAGACACCAGAGGUGUUAUCCAUCUGAAGCCAUUCGACCAUUAAUGGGCAUACAUGGCAGUUCUACACUGUGUACACGACAAUGCAUUAUUUGACGAGCCCCAUGUGUCACACACAAUAAUGAAACCAACUGGCAAUAGCCAAACUUGGGCAUAAAAUUUGAGAUGAGACCCCUUUAGAAAUUCAAAGCCAGGUUACAUAGUGGUCAGAUCUAAAAUAUUACUUUUCAAAAAUAAUCUGUAACUGCUUUCUCCUUACUAGGACAUUUAUUUACUACAGUAUUUAUUUAUUUAAAAUCUCAUCAGAAUGCUGGAAUCCACUGACCAGUAAGACAAAAGACACCUGAGUAGAGACACCACAUGGCCCUUGCAUUUAUAAAACUUAGUUUUUUAAAAAAAAUGUGAAAAGAGUGCCUUGCUCCAUUAAUCAUUGUGCAACACAUUUGUAACUAGUUGAUCCAGGCUCUGUUCAGUAUAGACUGUUAAUACAGUUCUGUAGAUCUCAUGCAAGUUAAUGUUUUCCUACAGUGGCAAAGCUAUCGACCCAAAGUGUUUGACAUAUCAUUUGCAUUAAAUGGGAUUGGCAUGUAAGUUUCCUGUGAGAUACAGCCCUGCUCUGAGGACCUUAGUAGUUCUUGAGAAAUGGAUCAUUCUUUUAUUAUUUAAAAAAAAAAUAAAAGUAUUUCAUACUGGUAUAGUGAAUAGGGAGAAAUCAGAAGGAUUAAGACAAACUCACGUGCUAACUUUCCCUAGAACCAACCCCAGAUGAUAUCUAUUGUGGAAAACACAUUUCUGAACACUUGAGGCUUUACUUCUGGUAGGAAUAGAGGAAAUGUAAGGUAAGGAAGGAUAACAGGAGAUGGAAUCUUCUAUUCAUAAGUCACUCCAAGAGAUAUCUUAACAGUCAGCAAUAGGGAAUCCCAAUCAAUGGGUUCAAUCCGAACAGUCAUAUUUUAAAGGAAAUAUCCUUGCUAAGCUUAAAGGUGCCACGUGACUGUUACAAGUCCUAGAGUACGGUAGAUCAAAUGAAAGAAAUGGGACUAUUGUGACAAGUUCUAUUCAUUUCAGUAGAUCUACCAUCCAAAUGUCAAAAUGGAAAGAACUGCUGACAUUCAUAACACUUUUCCAUUGUCUGCUUAAAAAUUUAAUGCUGAGUAAUCAAUGUCUUCCCUUUUGAAAGACAUGACAUAAUCUUUAGUCCUUCUUUGGCUAGUUGAUUAGCUACUUUCGGGCCUUGCUAUUACCUAAAUGAGCCCACCGGCAUCUCAGCCUGCAUCACAUAAAGUUAUAUGUGGUGUAGGUUUUUUUAAUUUAAUUUAAUUUUGCUUUAUUUUGAAAAUGACAUUGGUUCAAGAUACUUUGCUGGUUAAAACAGAAAUUGAACCCAGCAGAUCACUGCCUCACUGUGGCAAAAACAAUAAUUUAAAACGUGGAAGUGUCAACCAAGCAAAGCCUCAAUAGAUAUCAGUGCCAAGUGUUUACUGCCUCUGUCUGUAUGUCUGUUGCUGUCAUAUGGUCCUCCACAGUGUGUCGCUGACAAAUCCAGACUGAACUUGUGCAGGCAUCUGUUGUCCAUGGGCAAGCAUUUUUUUAAAAUCUAAUUGUAAAUAAAAAGAUACAAAAAUGUG